AUGCUGCGAACAAUUACCCCAAGAAACGCUCGCGUAAAGCGAGUCUUGAAGAACAGAGAAGCUAAGACAGAGGAGAACAUCAAGACCGCCAUCUUCAUCCGUGGAAGCCAAACCAGCCAGACCGUCAAUGAUAUGCUUGCUGAUCUUUACAUGCUCAAGAAGCCCUAUGCCGUCAAUUUUACAAAGAAAAAUCAGAUCCAUCCCUUCGAAGACCAAUCCAACCUGCAGUUUUUCUCUCAAAAGAAUGACGCCUCGCUAUUUGUCAUUGGAACUCACUCGAAGAAGCGCCCCCACACCCUGACUUUUGCUCGUAUGUUUGACCAUCAACUCUUGGAUAUGAUCGAAGUUUCAGUCGAGCAUGGUGCCCCCAUGAGGGACUUUAAGACUCCCAAAAGCGCCAUUGGAAUGAAGCCAUGCUUUUUGUUCAACGGAGACAUGUGGGACCAGAACCCCAACUACAUUAUGUUCAAGUCAAUGCUGCUGGACUUCUAUCACGGACAGACGGUCGACAGGGUUGCAUUGGCUGGACUGGAAUAUGUAAUUUCGGUAACGGCUGGCCCCAUGACUUCAGAGGGCAAGCCCGGCAAGAUCUACCUGCGCACAUACACGAUUGUCCUGAAGAGAUCUGGCGUGAAAUUGCCAAGGAUCGAAUUGGUGGAGAUGGGACCUAGCAUGGACAUGACCUUUGGCCGCAUCAUGGAGGCCAAGCCCGAUGUCUGGAAGCAAUCGCUCAGGGUGCCCAAGGAGCUCAAGCCUAAGAAGAAGAAGAACAUCAGCAGAGACGAGAUGGGCGAUACUGUUGGCCGUAUUCACUUGGGCAAGCAGGACUUUGAUAAGAUCCAAACUCGCAAGAUGAAGGGAUUGAAGAAGAGAGCUGCAGAAGACGAGGAUAGCACGGAAAAGAAGCAGCGCGUCGAUGACAGCGGUGAUGAGGAAUAA